AAUAUGGUGUCGAAAAUAGAGCGGAAGGGAGAGGUCAGGUGUGCGCAAUGAAAAAUGCCGCCGUUAAAGCGGAAGGUGUUCCCACGGAGGUCAGCGAGAGCUUGAGAGUCGGCACGUUUUAAGCCACCCAUCCUCCGUCGUCCUCACCGUCCUUACCGAUGUCUCUGUCGCCAACGACGUCGGCCGAAUACGAGCCCGCAGCGGCAAAACGCCGUCGCACGACGUUGAACACCGCUGCCAGGAGCGACAUGUCUAGCGACCAGCUGUCUCCGGCCCACUCCGUCCCGCCCCCCGUCCCGCCAGCCCAUACACCGAAGCGUGGCGCAAGGGCCUGUACCGCCUGCCGUAAAGGCAAGAAUAGGUGCGAAGGAGAGGCACCUUGUCGUCGUUGUCAGUUGAGCGGUACUCCAUGCAUCUUUGAGAAACCAGAAAAGAAAGGUAUACAGGCACUGUCCGGGGCUAGCGUCGAACGGCUCUCCCGUCUGGAGGGCCAGUAUCUCGUCAUGCAAAGCCAGAUGAUUGGAAUGCAAUCAUCCCUGGACCGAAUCUUGUCUGCCAUCCAGUCUCAGAAUGCGGCAAUGCUACAGCAGAAUAUCUAUGGCAACGGCGGACCGCAUCCUGCGCUCCCGCCGAUCCGUAACGGUGGGGAUAUAUAUGGUUCCUCCGGUGGUUCGGACGGUCCGUCGUCGCGCCAACCUCGGUCGUUUCCCCCUCUUCCCGGUUUCGCGCCUCCGCCACACAAAUAUGCGACGUAUGGCAUUGUGCCCAGCACGGCACCGUCGUCAGAGGAUGAGUCCGAAGACACGCUUCCUAGAUCUACGUUGAACGCUCCGAUUGAAGCUCUCCAAGGCCUCGCUAAUGCUGCAGCGGAAGCUGCGGCCGCGCCCUCUGCAUCACCACCAAGAAUGAAGAAGCGGAAGAAGGCCGAGCCAACGCCUCGAAAUGCAUUCCCUCACGUUGUGGAGAAGGGGCUGGUAUCCGAUGCUGAAGCAAAAGAACUUUAUACGAUAUUCUUUUCCGGGUGUCAUUUCUUUAUCCCCUGCUUCGAUCCUGCAUAUGACACCUAUGAGGGAUUGAUGGAACGUACACCAUGGACAUUUGAUGCUAUUUUGGCAAUCGCGAGCAAAAUUAGAAGCGGCACAGGUCCUCUGAGCCCGACGUUCUAUAAAUGUCUGGAGGAAGCGCAGGGUAUUGCUCGAUCGACGCUUUUUGGACCUAUCGUGCGGAAGGAAGCUGUGCAAGGGAUGUUACUUUUGGCUGCGUGGAGCACGAAUGGCUGGCUCCCAAGCGGGCACGCCAUGCGCAUGGCGCUCGAUCUCGGGUUGCAUCGAGCACUGGAGAAACUGGUUGAUACGGAAAAUGCCAAGAAGCGGUCGGAAGAGGAGGAGCGCGAUUUGGUUGUGUCGGCACGAAUAUGGCUGUGCCUCUAUUGGUUUGAUCAUCAGAUGAGCCUUGGGACGGGUCGUCCGAUUGUCCUCCGGGAUGAAAGCUCCAUCAAGCACUGCCGAGUGCUGCUCACACAUCGCAUGGCUUCGCCGACAGAUGUGCGACUCAUUUCUCAGGUCGAGUUAAUUGCCCAGAAGACUCAGAUCUACGAGACAUUGUCUCCGCUAAACGGCCAAGUGAAUCACAACACUCUGGCCUUCAUUCGUCGAGCGAACGUGGCCUUAGAUAAAUGGUGGCAAGAUUGCGAUGAGCUGCACAGACAAACGAUGGAUGAAGAUGCGCUUCCUCGGAAGAUCCUAGCGGGCGAGUUGUAUUACGCCAAGCUGUGGCUUGUCUGUGUCGCCUUGCGUGGUGUGUCUUGGGACAAAAUGCCCUUCGAGCAGCGUGAACUUGCUUUCCAAGCAAAGGACGCUGCAUCAAAUUGCCUCUCCAAUUUACUGAACUCGCCGACUUACAGAGCUGCUCUGCGAUAUGCUGUGCAUGAUAGCCUUGUGACGGCCGCGUUCUCGGGUCUUUUCCUCUUGAAGAUGGCCCAUCUCUUCCCCGGAGAGCUCGAUCUUGCUGCCAUUACUACGCAAGUCGAGCAGCUCGCUGAGCUGCUAUCUGACGUAGCCGCGGAGAGGUACGCUCUGACACUUCGCAUCAUGCUCGCCAACUUGAAGCGAAAAAUGGGCAUCACGACGGCGCCCAUGGCGCCGCCAAUUCCUGGUGCUCAUGGACCUGAGAUGAUGCCGCCGCCAUUCAUCGAUCCGAGCUUGAUGCCGCCGCAGAUGCAAUUCACGCCUGAGGAGCUCGGUCUCCUUCCGGGAUCCUUCCCGAACGAUCGUGCGCUCUUUAGCCCAUCAGCGAUACCGCUCUGGCUGCAGGAACAGAGCUUGACAGACCUUGGGCUACCCUCAAACGGCUCCGAUGGAAUCUUCCUCCAGAUGGGACACCCCAACGGGUGGCAGGGCGAUUUCCCACCGAUGCCUGAGGCUUGGUGAGACAUGUUCCCGAUCUCUUUUUCGAACUUCGAUGUAUACCGUACAUUUUUGUCGCAGCUAUGUUUAGGUCAAGUUAUCCGGGAACCGUCUUAUGGCGUGCGUCCAGUGUAUCAAGUCCUCUCCUUUUUGGUGUCUGCUGUUUGAAUAUACCUAUGAGGUUGUACGUGUACGCGCAUUUGCAUUGUCGAUGUAAAUGAUGAUUCUGUCUGCUCUGUUCGUACCCGGCUACCCGUGAUAUGUACAUGUUCACAAGAGUAUCGUAACAGAAGGAAUACUUGGGAUUUCCCGGGUAUGUGUCUGGUUCACUCCUCUUCGUCACUCUCCUCUUCUUGUUCCUGCAGAAACUUCACUAAUGCAUGGGUUGCUUGCAAGAAGUGUUGUUUCCCUUGAGGUUUCGCGCCU